CGCACCAUCCGCAAGAUGAUGGACGAGCUGGUGGUGUCCCCGACGACGGUGCGGUGUCCCACGUGCCACGUGCCUUUCGACAAGGGCAAGCGGCGGCGCAUCACCGAGGACUGCGGCCACGAGCGCUGCUACUACUGCAUGCUCAGCGCCGACGCCCCCGGAUGCCCAAUCUGCGCCGCCGAGGCUGCUGCAAAAGCCCCCACUAAUGCAGCGAGGCCCCGCAUGAAGACCAACGGUCACUUCACAACAUUCAUGCAGACAAGAAAUCCUCAAAUGAGAGGCCCUCCGGCUCCAAGUAUGGCCAGUCCAAAGAUUAGCCACAUCUCCUGGAAGGACCGGAAGAUGGCAAGGCCGUCUACCGUCAGCGUGGACAACCACACUGCCUUGUCAGACUUGGCCAAAGUACAGCAUUGGCCAAUGAAUAUGGUCCGAAAAAUAAAAUCUCUUUGGACCAUAGAUGACGAACUUCCACAUGUGCGUUCCCCGGCGACGGUGGUUUCCAACGGCUUGGGCCACCCUUCAGAGCACUUGUACACUCGGCUGGGGCUCCUUUUGGGUGAGGGGGCACCUGCAAACACCUACGCCCCUCCUCCCGCAAGCGGCAGCAACCACAGUCAGGGCUCCUUCGCCAGCGUAUCAUCCCUUGCCAACAGCGACAUCAACAUGGCUGGAUCAACCAACACAAGUCCCAUUUCCACACUCACCGGGUCUUCGGAAGCGGAGGCCAUGAGCAUACUGAGAGGCUCGAGUAGAGAGGAGAGCUCAGAUAGCGUGGCCUCUCUAAUGAGCACCAGCUCUUCCCCAUCACCUUCCAGAAAGGCUCCCUUUCAACAGAGGAAUAAUAGUGUACCCAACAACAGGAGGGGUACAUUAGUUAAUUGCUCAAGCAAAACUCACACUCUUGGCCAUGCGAGAGGAGUGCAACUGCAGUACAAGAUCUCACCUCAACCAGCACUGAAGCCUCUGUUUUUUGAGGUUCCUCAGCCGGACAAUGAUCCACCGUAUGUUGGCAGACAGUGGCUCUUCAGUGAAAUUGACGAGGAACUAAAAAAGGACACCAACCGAGGAGUAGUUAUUGUAGGCUGCCCUGGCUCAGGCAAGACUGCUGCCAUCUUGCAGCUGGUGGAUUACAGCACGUUUGGUCGGAAAAGAGAAGAAGUCACCUAUGGCACUGCUGGCAUCCGCUAUGGGGACGUGGAGCGGAGGCCGCUGGGCGGCGUGGGCGGGGGCAGCGCGUCGUCGGUGUUCCAGCCCCGGCUGAGUGCCAGCCAGGAGGGCGCCCGCUGCCUCGGGGCACACCUGGUGGCCUACCACUUCUGCCAGGCGGACAACAACGCCACCUGCCUGGUGCCCGAGUUUGUGCACAGCAUUGCCGCCCAGCUUUGCCAGGCUCCCCAGCUGGUCGCCUACCGGGACCUCCUGCUCAGGGAGGACGGGCUGCAAGAUGUUCUGAGUAUUACUUCGUGCCACACAAACCCCCACGACGCCCUGCUCAAAGGCAUUCUAGAGCCUCUCCACAGCCUCCGGCAGACAGGGCGGAUCCCCAACACCAGCUGUCUUCUGGUUGUGGACGCCCUCAAUGAAGCCGAACUACACCGGCCUGACUAUGGGGAUACCAUCACUUCCUUCCUAGCAAAGCACAUCUCCAAGUUCCCAUCGUGGCUUAAGCUGAUUGUCACAGUACGGACGGCAUUCCAGGAAAUAGCACGCCAACUUCCCUUUCACCAAGUUUCCUUUGACCGCAUCUCAUCCAACGAAAACCUUAUGAGGGACAUUGUGGGCUACAUUUUGUUUCGCAUUGAGUCCAGCCCUUCUGCACGUGCCAACAUCACGGUGAACAACGGAAAACAGGAUGGAUCCACUCAUGCAAGGUUUGCCAACCAUCUGGCUAACUUGAGUAAAGGCUGCUUCCUGUAUGUAAAGCUUACCAUGGACCUGAUUGAGAAGGGUCACUUGGUGGUGAAGAGCAGCAGCUACAAGGUGCUUCCUGUCAGCCUGAGUGAGGUUUACCUGCUCAACUUCAACCUCAAGUUCACAACAACAAGGUCCUACGAAAGGGUGCAGGGCAUACUGCAGGUGUGCAUGGCCUCCCUGUGCCCCCUGCGCCCCCACGAGCUGUACCACAGUGCCAACGCCGGCUCCCUGCACGAGCCCAUGUCCUGGGCCGACUUCCAGCAGCGGUUGGCCGCCCUGACUGGAGCACACUUCCUCAUCCAGCGCAACGACCAGAGCCUCAUGCUGGCCCACCCAUCCCUGCGGGAGUGGCUCCUGCGUAGGGACGAGAAUGACAGCUCCAAGUUCCUCUGCGACGUCAGGGCUGGCCACGCAUCCAUCGCGUUCCGCAUGUCGCGCAUCGAGGCUCCCCUGGACCCGGUGCAAGUGCUCGAGUUGGGCCACCACAUCCUGAAGGCCCACAUCUACAAGAGCCUGGGCCAGAGCCUGCCUCCGGGCUGCUCUCCCAGGGACCUGCAGGCGUGCUGGGUCUUCCAGAGCACUGCCUGUGUCUCGUCUGCGCUCGUCGCUCUGCCCAAUGUCUACAGUCCCAACGUCAAGGUGAGCCGCUUGCUGUUGCUGGCUCAGGCAGACCCCAACACACGAACCUCCUGCCUUCACCGGGCCCCCAUGCUGGUGCUCUCGGCCCACGAAGGCUUCACUGACAUGGUCACUUCUCUGAUCGAGUUUGGAGCCGACGUCAACAUCUGUUCAGACACUGGCCGCACUGCACUCAGCAUGGCCUGCCAACGUGGUCACUUCGAGAUUGCCAAACACCUUUUGGCCUGUGGGGCGAGGAUUGACCAUGUGGACAGCAAGGACCUCUCAGCGCUGGCGUAUGCGGCCUCCUCUGGCCACCUGGACCUGGUCUCCCACCUGGUGCAGUGCAGCUGGCCCGACGACUAUGGCAUCGGGCUCGGGCUACGGAGGGCCGCACAGCAGGCCCUCAUUGUGGCUGCCAAGUCCGGACAGACGCAGGUGUGCGAGUUCCUGCUAGACAUGAUGGAGGUGCAAGUGAACAAGCAGGACGACUUCAGUGGCCACACGGCGCUGACCGCAGCCAGCCUAGCGGGGCACAAGGACCUGUGCAGCGUGCUGAUGCGCCGCGGUGCGUCGGCCCUGGUGAAGAACAACAGCGGGGAACCCCCCCUGUGCUGCGCCGUGUCCGAGGGCCACUGGGCCGUCACGGAGCUGCUCCUCUCGCACGCCAGGGCGCUGGAGCAGUGCGACAGCUACGGCCGCUCCCCGCUCAUGCUCGCCGCUGCAGAGGGCCACCUCGGGGUGCUGGAGCUGUUGCUUGCAAAAGGAGCCAGCCCACUGUGUGCAGACAAGGAGGGUCUGUCAGCCCUCAGCUGGGCCUGCCGCAGAGGUCAGGUCCAGGCGGCCCAGUGUCUGCUCACCCAUGGCGCCGAUAUCAACCACAGCGACAAGCAAGGCAGGACUCCCCUCGACAUGGCCGCCUCCCUGGGAAAGGCUGACGUGAUCAAGCUGCUCCUAAAAAAUGGGGCUGAGAUCGAGCAUGUGGACCUAAGUGGAAUCAGAGCCCUGGACAGAGCCAUCGGAUCAGGAAAUGUGGAUGCGAUCAACUGCUUCUUGCAAACAGGAGCCAAAAUAGGAUCUCAAACUUGGGAGAUGGCAGCCGACAAACCGAAUAUUGUGUUCCUUCUGUUAAAUAAGCUUCACCAGGAUGGAGUUCUUUUAUACAGAAAAGGCCACAUAAAGGAUGCUGCUCAUCGUUAUCAGUAUGCCCUAAAGAAGUUCCCAACAUCUGUAGCUGAGGAUGACGACUGUGGAAGCAAUUUUCUCCAACUGAAGCACCAGCUACUUCUCGGACUUGCCAAGUGCAAGCGGAAACUAAAUGAGCCUGAUGCGGCCAUCUCAGCAGCAAGCCAGGCAAUCGAACUCAGACCCAAGAGUUUUGAGGGACACUUUGUCAGGGCAAAGGCAUACAAAGACAAAGGAUGUCAAGCAGAGGCUCAGAAGAACAUCGAAGAGGCCUUUCGGCUUGCCCCCACUUCCAACCUUGAACAACGGAGGACCAUCUUAAAAAUGAAGGAAGAGAUUGGAUCAGGCUUGUUGGGUUUCCCGACAUCGGAGUGUGUUUCUACGAGGAGCUCCCUCGGCAAUCAGUCAAGUUCUACCGACACCAUGGAUCAAGUGUGUGGCAUUUCAGUGGACAGCAGGCUCAACCUGGCAGUGCACCUCUGAGCAGAUGCAGUGCAAGUAACAGCAGCAACCAUCCCAGUCUCAAGAUACAGACACACACACACACACACACAUUCCUGUCCGCAAAACGGCGUCGAAACAUCCUUACUUUCAAGACUUCCGUGUAUCUAUGGUAAUGUGUAGCAUCCUCCUCCUGGUAUAUAUGUAUAUGUAUUACUUGUAGAAGUGCACGUACAAAAAGAAUAUUUAUUGCCGUGUCACGUAUCAACCCCCUAUGUACAUAGCAGUUUUAUUCCUGUAUUUAUGAACACACUACUCGGUGUACUGCCACGCAAAAUUUUGAUGGUUGGCAGGUUUAGAGCUGUAUUGACUUUGCCAUUUUCCACAGUGGUGACUUCCCAACUGGCAUUGAAUGAGGACAUUUUCAUAACACUAUGAGAUUAUCUCCUCAAAGAGUAUUUCAUUGUGACUAGUGUGUUGCAAAUUUAAGAACUGGGUCUAAAUUUACAUAAUAUGUACCUUUUUCUUUUCAAGUAACAUUAUUCCCUCGAAUGCCUUUAUUUAUUUUAUCUGAAGCAUUACUCGCAGCAUCCCACGCUACAGUACUUUGUAAGUUCUCUGCACUCAAAAACACAACAAAUAUGGGACGAAAAACACCAAAGAGCACUCUGUUAUGUGCAAGAUCCUUGCGCAGUUACAAGAUAGGUGACUAUCCUUUUCUAAGAACUAAGGAUAUGAUGCUGACACCAUGCAAGACUUUCAAACUAAAUGACCAGUUGUCCUACUCAACUGUAUUACAAGUAUGUGCCAUAACAUCACUGGCUCUCUCCCAGCCUAGCACAAGCACUAUGAAUGUGAGAAGUCCUCUGUGUCAGACAUUGACACAUGUUAGAUUUUCUGGUUUAUAUUUCAUCAUCACUGCUAACAUUCGUUGUUCACGGCUUCAGUUACAAGAAUAUAAAAGUAAAGUGAAAAACUGAAGAAUUAUUUUCUCCUUUUAUUUAGAAAAAAGCUAUUUUACCUUGUUUUGAGACGAGAUUUUCCAAUCAAAUUCCAGAAUAUAAUUGGGACACCAUUCCUUCUGCAACUGAGACAUUAAUUAAUUAAUGUCUGUAUUAUUAAAAUAAUUAAAUAUGUAUGUAUUAAUGCUUGUUACCAAAAUGCAAGAACAAGCUAACAUCAACUAUACUUGGAAAUUUAUGAAUGCAAAAAAAAAGGGUAUAUAUUUGUCAACUUCAUUGCAGAUUUGUUGUUAUUUAAUUUAUUUCCCAGGAGAAAGUGAAGCGACAUGUUAUUUAGCAUUUCUCAAUGACACCUGCAACCAGAAAAAAAAAAUGCAGAGAACAUUAUCUGCAUUUGUUUCAAUCUUUUCCCAAAAGCUCUAUUAAUGACUUAACAGCCUAAUAUGAUCUAUAAUUUUCAUGAUUGUUCCUAACAUGUAUUUCUACUGCAUGUUCCUGGAUAGUGUCCAGGUCUUAUGUAGCAGUUUUUUUUGUUUUUUUUUUCAAGCAAAGAAUUGUGAUGCAACAAAAUAAAAGAUAUGGAGUACUUUCAACAUUAAUGUGGCUGUUUUCAGCUUACAUUUCUUUGACAGUGCUUCAAAAAUGGCAAGCCAGUUUUGUGACAGUAUCAGACUUAUCCCAGAAAUCUUGUCUCUCGUAAAAUGGCUUUUUCAUCCGUGUUUAAUUGUAGGAUCUGGUGCAUUCCAAUAGGUUACAAAGAUUAGAAUAAAAAAAAGAACUUGCAUUUUGACAUAAAGUUGUUGACUGACACGCUGUUGCAGUUUUCAAGAGACCUUUCUGCUGUGCGGUUGUUCCUUGGAAUGUAAUUAUGGGUGAUCAUGUCAACCCUUUGUGCUGCAAGUGUGUCUAAAAUGUUACUGCCACAUUAAGCUACUAGCAUAUACUUCUACCAAUGCUAAUCUUAGUUGGUAAGUGCCAGACAUUCAGGCUGAAUUAGCAUAGAUGUAUGUUGUUUUUUAAUUAAAUAGUGCUGAAUGAAUUAUUGUUUUAUUAAUGGAUCAGUUGACAUAGUUUUUCUAAUUCAAAUGUUUUAACUAUGAUUGAUUUCCUCACCAUCAUGUAAAGACUAGAGAUAAUACUUUAUACCAAAGCAAGUGAUGAAGCAAUUGUAUAAACCAGAGAAAUCUGACUUGAAUAAGAUACGAAGUUACCAUCAGUCAUUAUCAUUGAUCAUCACCAAAAACAACAAAAAAAUACAAAAAAAAUGUGAUGGUUGCUUUGCAGUUGUUGUUUAUUGAUCUUGCAUUUUUCUUACAGCAGGUCAUUCCGGUGAGAUUACAUUUGAUGUGACUGCAUGGAUUGCUGUAUCGGUUGUGCUGAGUUAGUAUAAUUAGUAAUUGCAAUGGUUAGUUUGUUUUUUCUUUUUUGUUCUUUUUGCCUUUGUAGAUUGUGAGUGAUUUAGCUUUUUACAAGUGCAUAUGUCGGUUUGCAGUUGUCGAGGUCAGCAAAAAUCUUGUGGUAAUUGAAGCUUAAUAAACUUCAAUAUUUAUAUUCA